GUUGCUUUUGCGCCUUCCCGCCAGACCUACGAGAGCGCUGUGACCUUCCUCGAGGCGCUAUACGGCCGCCGGUGGGGUCAUGUCGGCCUACCCGUGAAAGGCUCUCAGACUUUACAGUACUAUGACUACUGCAAGAAUUACAUCAACAAAGUGGUGGCUCUGAACAAGAACCGCAAACCUUUCCACAUCUUUACCCAGGGGAAGUAUCUGGAAGCUGUCAUGGACAGGGUCUCCAAACGAUCUGGUAUUCAAAUCACCUUAACCAAACUCCGCAGUAUGUACAACGCCUGUCGAUACCAGAAGGCGUGGCAUCCGCAGAAAACGCCCCCGUGGUGCGUCGUCUUCACCCCAAAUGAUCUUAGGGUGCUGGAAUACUGGGAGGACCUGCGAGUGUACCAUGACCAAGGUUACGCCCAUCCAAUUAACUACAAGCAGGCCUGUAUUUUGGGCCAAGAUGUCUUCUUACAUUUCCGAAAUCGGAUUGAAAAGGACAUUACUGAUACCGACUCUACAACGUACUUCGUGAAUUUGGAAGCAUUUGUGCCGUUCCUGGCGUUGUUGGGCCUCUUCAAGGACGCCGAACCACUCACCAGUGAUGAAGUGAACAUGGGUCGUGAGUGGAAAACGUCCAAGUUCGCUGGCUAUGGAAGUAACCUCGGCUUCCUCCUGUCGUCCUGUGGAAACGACAGCUCCUCAUGGUGGGUAACCGCCCUUCUCAACGAAGAAAAGUACCACUUGCCCGGCUGCGAAACUAGCAUGGGUUGCCCCUGGGAUAAGUUUGUGAGCUCGUUUGCUUUCGUUGAAGAUUGUAACUUUACUCAUCUGUGCGGGCGAUAUUCAGAUAAACUGUGGCGGUCGCAGCACUGGCGUUUAUCCUACGUCAUGCACAAUUGGAUGUAAAGGGACAGCAUCAGCCGAGCGAAGGAAGCGAUUUUCUUUUUUAACAUUUUCUGGGAUAGUGAUUAAAAGGAUUUUGGCGGAUUUAUUUUAGUUCGUGCAAUUAUAACUAUCUAGGUUAAGCUCUGUUUCCCCCCAUCAUGUGAAGUUCAGUGACAAAGGAUCAUCGUUAAUUUCAAGAUUUUUGAGUAGCCAAAGGUACAUUAUCAAUUUCAAGAUGUAAUGGGAAACUAGAAUAAACCAUACAUGUAUGAGCCAUUA